GGCGUCUGCGAGUGUUGGACUCGGAAUGUCAACCAACUCGUCGCUGGUGCCGUCGUCGACGGAUCUGCUGCUCCUCGUGCCCCGCCUGGCGCGCAACAUGGUCGACCUGGCCACGCGCUGGAUACCCACCGACAACAUGACCGACUCUGCGACCGACCAUCUGCUUAACGCCACUGCUACUGCCGUCCACCAAACCGCUUCUUCAACCGCUGCUUCUGCUGCUACCACUUCCUCCUCUGGCUACUUGUCGUUCCUCAGUCUUCCCUUCUCGGCCGAUGCCAUCAAAGGCUUUGGCGGCAUGUUCGCAUACAUCGGCUCACGCUGGGCUCUGGCGACCUUUGCCAUUAACCUGAACCCCCGCUGGCACACCCGUUUACUCCUAUACUCGGCUCCCAUCUUGCUCCUCUCCUACCACAUCUUGUCCAUCCUGCAAGCCCUCAAGUGUCAGACAUCCCCCGACUACCCUCUGUUACGAUAUGGCGACCCGAACAAGCACCUGGCCAUCAACUUUGGCGGCGAAGGUGGCUUUGUAUACCACUUGAGCUCCAAGCUGCUGUUCUGGAAGUCGGAUGCCGAAUGCUGCCGCGCCAUGAACAUGGCCCUCCAGGGUGACAAGUUCCUCGAUGUCAUGGGCUCAUUCUCGCUUCUCUGGCCCCUNUUUCUGGCCCUCUGCUUUAGUCAAUUCAUUGAAAUACUGAGCUGUGCUCUUCAAGGGAGGCAACCCUUGCCCGAGACUGGCAUGACGACCUUUGAACACUCUUUGGCUUUUGCUGAAUCAGAAGCCAUGCUUACCAAUGCUAUUGGCUUGAGUAUUUUUGGCCCAGCUGACUCGACCCCUCACACUCGCCCCACCGCUGACCCAGCCGACCCUUCAGACCUGUCCAGUAUACUGUUGACCAAGUCCAUGGUUCUUCAACGCCUCAAUGUUCCUUCUGAAGUGUUGCUCAUCGCUCUAAUCUCUUGCAUGAGCCACAUCAGUAGUGCCGUGCUCGCCAUCACUGGUAGGAGACACCAGCUGCGCCUGGUCAACACGGCUGUUUGGGCUAUAUGCUACAUGGCUGCUUUCUGCUGGAGCUUUGUCAACGCCCUCUCUAGCCCUCUCGGUUCGCAUGAUGUCAGCAUUCUUCGCUUUCCGACUGUCUGCAUCAUCGGCUUUAUUCCUCACAUGCUUAUCAUUCUAGGCAUACUAGUAUGCUCAUCGAUUUAUGGUGUGGCUCUGUUGCUCAACGCGAUAUCGCUUCCGCCGAGUGCACCACCGAAUCCAUCCAUCAAAGAGCGCUUUUCGAUUGCUUUCAACAAUAUGCAAGCCAACGUUCAAUUCUCAUCUGUCUCGUCUAUGAGGCUCAGUUGGAGUGAAGACUUCUAUACCGUUCUGCUAAAGAUCGGCUUCAAUGUUCUCACUGCCGCAAGCGAGUCCGUCUUUCUGAACGAAGGAAGCAAGAUUCAAAUUCAUGCGAUGACCUGGCUCGAAGAGGAACGAAUGCAAGAGUUCACUUCCAUGUUAGAGGACCGUCGCCGAGCAAGUUUGGUUCCAUCUGACUUGCUUGAUGAACGUAUUGCAAGGGGCCUCAGCUUCACUGACCACAAGACCAUGUCCUCAACAUCAGGCUUUGCUGUUGAGCGAAGAUCGAAAUCUUCCACGGAAUCCGCUAGCAAUAGAACCUUGAACAACGAUAACGGACUGGGAAUUGCAGAACGUCGUGGCAGAUGGCAACUCAGCUUUGAGUUCCUGAAAGGUCUGCUCUGGUUGCUCAUUCGCAUCAACAGUCGUCUUGCCUUGAAGUGUCUUUCGCGGCUGGGUGUCGAGAGAACGCCCAACUGGCUGACCAGGGCCGCCGACUACGGACACCCAGCUGCUUCUUCCUCAUCAUCAAAACCCCGAAACGGACAACGAGCGUCAACGCCUGACUUCUGGCUAGUCUCUGAGAAGGGCGUCUUAUCUUUGCCAGAGAAUGGUGAUAUUGACGUCGAAGUCGAGAUGUGCAGGCGACUGCAGGCUCCUCCAGGUAAUGCUACCGAAGAGGACGCUGUUGAUGCCGAUUUGUACAACUGGUGGAAACGUGGUGGAUGGUGGGGAGAUCUGGACACCAGUGGUACUUACGAAGCUCGAGAGCAAGAUGACGAUACAACCAGCAUGAUCUCCAUGUCGUCAAGCGCCCUUAGCGAAGCCAAUUCAGAGGACGACAGUGGCAGAAGGACACCGACGCAAGAAGAUUACAUCCGUAGUCGAGAGCCGACCCCUGCAACAGGGUUCGAAGUGGCAGACCUAGCUCGACUAUUGGACCCAAGAACAGCAGCGGACAAGGAAGAAGCACAAAUGCUUGCACGCCAUCUGCAAAGUGAGAAGCCCAUGACCCGCUCACAGUACCGUCAACGAACGAAUCGUGAAAAGGCGCGAGUGCUGGACGUCCCAUACCUGGAAUCAGCGUUCAGCGAAGGCGUAGAAGGAGUCUCAAGUCCAUCGGCCGAAGUAGAGAAUUUGNNGAGGUUUCUCCUCGAACGUCGUCUGGCUAAACGUCCCGAAGCGGAAGGAGGUGCUGGUUCAUGGGACUCUGGCGCCGAAGGCAUGGGAUCCAGUGGACCACAGUGUGUCGUCUGUCAGAGCAGUCCUCGGGUCAUUGUUGCAUGGCCCUGUGGAUGUCUCUGUGUGUGCGACGAGUGCAGAGUGGGCGUUGCUACGCGGAACUUCACCAAGUGCAUGUGUUGCAGGACCAAAGUGGUGGCGUACUCCAGGCUCUAUGUUCCA